CACCCCAGUCACCCUUCCCAUCCUAGUCAUCCUAGUCAUCCUAGUCACCCCAGUCAUCCUAGUCAUCCUUGUCACCCCAGUCAUCCUAGUCACCUUACACAUCCUAGUCACCCUGGACAUCCCAGUCACCCUAGUCAUCCUAGUCAUCCUAGUCACCCCAGUCAUCCUAGUCAUCCUAGUCAUCCUAGUCACCCUAGUCACCCCAGUCAUCCUAGUCACCCUAGUCACCCUAGUCAUCCUAGUCACCCUAGUCAUCCUAGUCAUCCUAGUCACCCUAGUCAUCCUAGUCACCCUAGUUAUCCUAGUCACCCCAGUCAUCCUAGUCACCCCAGUUAUCCUAGUCACCCCAGUCAUCCUAGUCACCCCAGUCAUCCUAGUCACCCCAGUCAUCCUAGUCACCUAAGUCAUCCUAGUCACCCUAGUCAUCCUAGUCACCAAGUCAUCCUAGUCAUCCCAGUCACCCUAGUCAUCCUAGUCAUCCCAGUCAUCCUAGUCACCCAAGUCAUCCUAGUCAACCUAGUUAUCCUUGUCAUCAUAGUCACUUCAGUCAUCCUAGUCACUCCAGGUCAUGCUAGUGACCCUAGUCAUUCCAGUCAUCCUAGUCAUCCUAAUCACCCAGGUCAUCCUAGUCACCCUGGUCAUCCUUCCCAUCUUGGUCAUCCUAGUCACCCUA